AUGUUAAAACGUACGACGGAAGACACGAAGUGGGCGAUGAUACGAGCGAAAUGUGGUUGGAUGAUUACGGGUGCCCUGAUGACUUUGGGUAAGAACAACAUUGAUAAUCACUCAUAAGAGUGUCUUUUGGGUUAAGUUGCAAAUUGAUUCGUGCGAAGGAUUGAGAAGAGGCUUGCAACCAACAACUUCUAAUUAUGUUAUACACACGUACAGCGAUACUGUAGCAGUUAUUUGUUGCGAUGAGUGGAAAAGUUUAUGGAAAAAACUUAAUACUAAAACUUAACUGACUUUCAUUUAUAUUGGUAGUUUAUACAGUAGUUCACCGUUGAAGUGCUACAAGCUAGGCUAUUACAGGCCCACUCUUACAACAGUAGAAAGAUAGGUGCACAGAGAAAGUUUCUUAAUUAAUUGUACAGUUUUUGAUGAAGUCAAACAAGGGGCAUUCCUCUCACACACGAGUAAAGUUGAAAUUGUGAACUCUGGAUAUUUCAGUCCCGAUCGUAGAAGUGAAUGAAAACUAACCAGGGCCGCCGAGUUCGAUACGAGUGAAGUAAAAAAACAAUUUUAAACUUUCUUUUAGGCCCUUCGGUUGUACGCCAUUUUCUGCCCAAGAUGUUGGGUUUGUGGGCCAGUGCUUUCCCGCCAACACCAGACGAAGCUGAGUCGGAGAAGUCUAAGGGAGAUCCAUAUACGUGGCAGGUUACACUGGAAUGUAGAUCUGGCGCUCUGGCAGGUAUGAGAUUCAUUAAUAUUUCCGGGGGGUUAAUUGCAUGGGGUUGAUUGAGUUUGUGUUUUUACACUGGAAUGUAGGUCUGGCCCCCUGGAUUUGGUUAUUUUCAAGGGGGGGGGGGGGUGCCUGUGUUAUACAAUGACUUUAUAUAAGUAAGUUUCCUUACUUAUAUAAAGUCAUUGUAUAACACAAGCACCCCCAGAGAAAAUGAGCAUGGCUGCAUGAUCUAAAUCUGGAUUGAAUUUGUUAAUUGCUUAAAACGCCUAUUAACCUAUUUGCUUCAUGUACUUUUUCAGGUAGUUCAGACACAAACCACGGAAGGUUUAUUGUACUAUAAUACUUCUUUUACUGGACUGCGUCUGAGAUAUCGUGUAUAUUUUUAUUUUAGCUCUUUCAAGUUUCAUCAAACACUGCCCGGCCUUACUUUCUGAUGAUAUCGUUCGACGUGUUAUGAUACCUCUUGAGUCUUGCGUUGCCAUGACAGCACAGUAAGUGCUUAUGCUUUUGACUUAAUAAAUUUUUGGGUUUAUUUUUUAAUGUAUUUCAUCAGUACAGUACUACUGGUGUUGGUUGUAGGAAGGCCGGAUCUUUUUUCAUUUGAAACUUCACUUAAAAAUUUGAGUAAUUUUACUCAAAAUUUUGAGCCACUUCCAUAGUUGACUACCAUGCAUCCCCUUCCGUCUAGGUUUUUCGGCUUUACUGCGAGAAGCCCUGGGAAUGAAAAGACUCUGGGAUUCGAGUGAAUUUUCGAAAAAGAGGAGCUAUAAAACAAAUUGGUUGAAACAACUAAUAAAUUAGUGGUUCAUUUUGAAUUUGAGACAAACGCUUUAUGAGUUGUUUUAACCAUUUUGUUUUAAUAACGAUGUUGUUACUGUAUGUAUAGCACUAAUGACGUUUUUAUUGAAUCAGUUUACCAGCCAUCAUCAGAGCUCAUGGAAAUCAUCUCAAAGUUAGCGCUGCUAUGAUCAGACUGAGAUUGUAUGAGGCGUUCAAACUUUUGCCACCCAACUCAUAUGAAGGUAGGCAGGAAUAUGGAUCGGAUCACCCGUCCAGUAUAAACAGGGCUCCCACGAGAAUUUUGUGUAGGAGGCGUUUUGAAAUAACUGGGGGGGGGGGCAGCUGAAGGUGCCACUCACCAAGGGCAAAGAUUAGGUACUAUAAAGAUGUGCCACUCUGCGAAAAUUAUGUCCGAGAUUUUUUUAUAGCCGCCAUUUUGCCAGUAAGUGUCCAAUUCGUCAAAAUUCGUCAUAUAGCGCGAGCAUCGCGAUGGCAACCUUUGUAUUCGUCUCGCCGCCAUUUUGGCAGUAAGUGUUAUGCACUCGUCAUCUCGCGUGAUCAGCACGGAAAAUUCGGACACGCAAACAUUAGGGAAAUACGGCGAGUGGCACAUCUUUAUAGUAUCUAAUCUUUGCCAAGGGGGAAGGGGAAAGGUUUGAUUGCGUCUCCCUAUGGGAUUUUGAAAUUUAGACCCACGUGUAAAAUUAUGUUGUAAAAUGACUAAAAUCAGGAAACCUAGCCUCCUUCGCAAGCAUUACGAACACCCAUUCGCAGGCUAAAACCCAUAGAGAUGCCUGCGGAUGAGGCUACAGGAAACCUUUCCCUUGGUAUUUUGUGGUAAGGAGGAAAUAUUUCGUGUUAUAAUUUCGAGAAAUAACCAGCGAUUGCUGGCGUUGUAAACGGCGAAAAUCGCUGUGUGCCGCCUUGGGAACCUAAUAAAUCAGGGUUCUAUAACAUUUAAGAGUCUUUAUACUUACACGGGAGAACUUUAUUCCUCUAACUUAAUGUUAUGUUUAGGUCUCUACAAUGCUAUCAUCCGGGAACUUGUGUCUGAAUUCACUCUGACCUCCAACCAAUCAAUGACGACCACGUCACUGUUACGGACAAUGUGUCAUAAGGAUGACAGCAUAUUGCUGGGUACUUGGCUACAGGAGACUGACCAUAAGUCUGUUGAAGACCAA